AUGGAACCAGGCAAUGAUACUCAACUUUCAGAAUUCCUUCUCCUGGGAUUCGCAGAGGACCCAGCACUGCAGCCCCUCAUAUGUGGGCUCUUCCUCUCAAUGUACCUGGUCACUGUGGCUGGGAACCUGCUCAUCAUCCUGGCCAUCCUCUCAGACCCCCACCUCCACACACCCAUGUACUUCUUCCUCUCCAACCUGUCCUUGGUGGACGUCUGCUUCACCUCCACCACUGUCCCCAAGAUGCUGGUGAACAUCCAGACAAAGAGCAAAGCCAUCAGCUAUGCAGGCUGCAUCACCCAGAUGUUCUUUUUAUUGCUUUUUGGUGGGUUAGAUGAUGUUCUCCUCACCGUGAUGGCCUAUGACAGGUUUGUGGCCAUCUGUCAUCCCCUGCUGUACACUGUCAUCAUGAACCCCCAGCUCUGUGUGCAGCUGGUUCUGCUGUCCUGGGUCAUCAGUGCUUUGAAUUCAUUUUUGCACAGCCUAAUGUUGCUGAGGCUGUCCUUCUGCACAGACCUGGAAAUCCCCCACUUCUUCUGUGAGCUGGAUCAGGUGGUCCACACUGCCUGCUCUGACACCUUUCUCAAUGACAUCCUCAUCUAUUUUGCAUCUGUGCUGCUGGGUGUGGGUCCCCUGGCUGGGAUCCUGUACUCCUACUCUAAGAUCAUCUCCUCCAUCCGUGCCAUCUCCUCAGCUCAGGGGAAGUAUAAAGCAUUCUCCACCUGUGCCUCUCACCUCGCCGUCGUCUCCUUAUUCUAUGGCACAGUCCUGGGUGUGUACCUCAGUUCUGCUGUUACCCAAAAUACACAUUCAACUUCAACAGCCUCACUGAUGUACACUGUGGUCACCCCCAUGCUGAACCCCUUCAUCUACAGUCUGAGGAAUAAAGAUAUUAAGAGGUCUUUGAAGAAGCUCUUCAGGAGGAAAUCUGGAGAUGUGUCAGUCGACCCGUGUCCGUAG